UCGGCGGAUUCGAAGGGUGAGAGGAAGCUGCGAGAUCGCUUUCGUAGUCUCGCGCCAGCGCCGACAUCCCGCCGUGAAACGAAGCCAACCUUCGUCUUCAAGGACUUGGCAACGUGCUCUCAUGUCUUCGUUCGGAAUGACCAAGCACGCCGAGCCACCCUACUCUAAUCCUUUCCGAAUCAUCAGCAGAUAUGAGAAGCAUUUCAACGUCUUCUUUUGUUCCGGAGCUGGCUACGGGAACUAUGAGAGCGUUCCCAUCUCCAUUGAUCAUCUGAACCAAGUACUGGACUGUAUCAACUACUGUCUGGAGCAAGUACUGGGCCCUCCUCCAGAUGAUCAACAGCAGCAGCACCAGCAGCUUCAGACAUCAUCUGUUGCUCCAGCGGCUUCAGCAGGUCCAUCAUGUCCUGGUGGGACUCGCAAGAAAGUCUCCUUUAACCUACCGAGGAGACGGGGGAAGUAGCUGCUCAUCAUCAGGCCCUUCAAAGUCAUGGAGAAAUGCAGCUAUCUUAGCUGACGAUGGACAUGAUCUCUUUCCGACCAGUUUACUAGACCGUCUCCCGAAUCAACGACAGGAAAAUGGACUCCUGGUGAGACCCCUGAGAUGCACUGAUUAUGAUAAAGGAUUUAUCCAGCUACUGAGUCAGCUAACUGAUGUUGGACAUGUCGGGCGGGACCAGUUUUUAAGUAGAUUCUAUAGCAUGAAAUCAGCUGGUGGACACUAUGUGGUUGUAGUUGAGGACUUAGACCUUGAAAAGAUAAUCGGCAGUUCAACUCUAGUCGUGGAACAGAAAUUCAUCCACAAUUGUGCACUUAAAGGAAGACUGGAAGAUGUAGUCGUGAACACAUCCUACAGAGGCAAACAACUUGGAAAAUUGUUAGUAACAACAAUUGCUCAGUUAGCCAAACGUCUACAGUGCUACAAAUUAUCUCUGGACUGUCGUGAUCACUUAAUUCCAUUUUACGAGACUUUGGGCUUCAAACGAGAACCAGGAAAUGCGAAUGCUAUGCACAUGAGGAUUGAGGCUGUUACUGAACAAUCUCGAUUAUGAUUUUCGAUAUAUUGUCAUACUGGAGAGGUUGUAGUCUUCGGUUCGUGCUAUAGUAGAUAUUAUGUGGCCCAAAGAUUGGAAUCUCGCUAGUGCACCUUUAUUCAUUCCUGAGAAUCUUAGGAAUUUUCUAAGAAUCUUCUAAUAAUGCUUACACAUGGAAAUGUUUAUUCAAUAAUAAUAAUAAUCAUCCACUUAUUUAAGUUGUAUAAUAUACUUAUUCUUGAGAAUGUA